CCCAGGCCACCGUGUGACACGUGACCCGACGGCAAAUAAAGCAGCAGGCUGAAACUCAACUCAGAAAGUGCAGACGAACGGACCGAGCAGGCGCUCAAUGAGAGGAAUAUGUCCCCGGCUCCUGCAGAUGACUCAGACCACAAGCCCCGGGAUGGCGGUUGGGGCUGGGUAGUGGUUUUUGGGGCCCACAUCUCCAUUGGAUUUGCUUACUCCACUCCAAAAGUCCUGUCCAUUUUCUUCGGCGAGAUCCAAGAGCAGCUGGGGUCCAGCUCCAGUGAAGUGGCGUGGAUUUCCUCUAUCAUGCUAGCCGCCAUGUAUGGAGGCGGACCAGUGAGCAGCGUGUUGGUCGGUCGCUUCGGAAGCCGGCCAGUAACCAUGCUGGGUGGAGUGAUGUGUGCGGUCUCUAUGGUAACUGCUAGCUUUGGGAACUCCAUCGUUUUCCUCUACCUUUGCAUUGGCAUCAUUGGAGGUUGUGGGCUCGCCUUAAACCUCAACGCGUCUCUCACCAUCAUCAGCAAGUAUUUCCUGGCCAAGCGUCCUUUAGCCAACGGUUUAGCCAUGGCUGGGAGUCCAGUGUUUCAAUCUGUCAUGGCCCCUGUCAACCAAUAUCUCCUGGACGUCUUUGGCUGGAGAGGAAGUCUCCUGAUCAUCGGGGGUCUGAUGCUCAACUGUUGUGUUGCUGGGGCCCUGAUGAGACCUGUCACUGUACCUUGUAAGCUAUCCUCCUCUGCUUCACAGACAAAAGUGGACGAACAGCCAAAUAACAGCAAAACUACGCUAAAAGAAAGCUGUAUGAUGAAUCUCAAGAAGUUCUUGGAUUUCUCCUUCUUCAAGGAUCGAGGCUUCGUCAUUUACCUCACUGGGAACAUGUUGUUCAUCUUUGGUGCCUAUUCACCCAUCAUGUUCUUGCAAGCCUAUGCUAUCAGCCAAGGCGUAGAUGAGUACUCUGCAGCCUAUCUGCUCUCUAUCAUGGGCUUGGUGGACAUGUUUUUUCGGCCUGGCACAGGCCUGGUAGCCAACAGCAAGUGGGUCAGGCCCAGAAUCCAGUACUUCUUCAGCUUUGCCAUGAUUUUCAACGGCACGUGCCACUUACUGUGCCCACUGAUGAACAACUACAGCUUCCUGGUGGUCUACGCGGUGCUUUAUGGCAUGAGUUUCGGCAUGGUCUUCGCCCUGAUAUUUGAAUGCCUGAUGGACCUGAUGGGAAAUGAACGCUUCCCCAGAGCCGUCGGACUGGUCACCAUCAUGGAGUGCUUCCCCAUGCUAGUGGGGCCGCCUGCUGCAGGGUUACUGGUGGACAUCUUUGGCGACUACAAGUACCUUUUCAUAAUGUGUGGCUCAGUGAUCUUGCUUGGCGGGCUCUUUCUCUUUAUCAUGAACAUCUACAACUACCACAUGCUGAAAAGAGAGGAGACAGCAAAGGGCAAAGAGCAGAACCAAAAAACCACAGAGAACCAGGACCAAGUGGAGAUGAAACAGGCCCCCGAGGUAGAGAUGGGACAGACUGAGCCUGAGGCUAAACACAAGAACGGAACCCAGAGAGAUCCGUGUCCAGAGAACGCAGGGACCCCAAAUUAA